AUGCUCCGAACAACUCCUCUCCUGCGCCAACUCCCUGCCUCGCUGCAGCACACCACGACCCGGACCACCGCCGCCUUCCUUACUCCUCUCGCGCGGAAACAGCAAUCACAGCAGCAGGUCCGAUGCGCACACGCCAUCUCCAACCCGACCCUCGCCAACAUUGAGAAGAGAUGGGAGGCCAUGCCUCCUCAGGAGCAGGCCGACUUGUGGAUGGCAUUGAGAGAUCGCAUGAAGGUGGACUGGAACGAGCUUACUCUCCAAGAGAAGAAAGCUGGUAUGUUGAUAUUUUCGAUGCUAUCUCGAGCAAUGCACGGGGCUGGUAUGGACGUUGGGGAGCCUCGGGAGAUUGUCGGCUGCUCACACGACAGCUGGAAACAGUCCUGAUGCAGGAUGGAGAGCUCAAAAGUAGGCAACAAUCGCUGACAAUCUCUCAACUAGCAUACUGGAUUGCUUUCGGUCCACAUGGUCCACGUGCGCUCCCACCACCUGGUGAGGGAACCAAGGUUUUCCUGUACACCAUACUCGGUGUCGGCGCUGCAGCCGUUCUUUUCGGCGUCACUCGCUACUUCGCUCGCGGACCACCAAGCACAUUGAACAAGGAAUGGCAAGAAGCCACGAAUGCAUACGUCAAGGUAAGCGGCGCAUUUCGCUGUCGAAACACUGGGCUCACACCCUUGAAUCGUCAAUCUGCGGCCGGGCGAGCGGAUCACGGCAGCGGUCAGGAAGUCUUUCUUCUGCUAACACAGCUUUGUCACACAGGAGAACAAGAUCGAGCCCAUCACUUUCGCCGGCGGCGAAAACUACAAGGGCCCUGGACACGUGCAGAGCGCACCGAAGCCCAAGGAGUAG